AUGGAUAUCCAUCGAUGUCGAUUCGUUCCAUACAAACCUUCAGCCAUUAACGCCAUUGCCUUUUCACACCCCAAGACGCGCUCAGCAGUACAGGCUAAUCUUGCGCGACUUGCUAUUGGACGAGCUAACGGCGACAUUGAAAUCUGGAACCCUACGGAUGGCUCUUGGAACCAGGAGCUCAUCAUUCCAGGCGGUAAAGAUCGAAGUGUUGAUGGACUCGUCUGGGUCAACGAGCCUGACCAGGAGCUUGGCGAAGGGCGCAUUGUCGCUGGGAAGUCCCGUCUUUUCAGCAUAGGUUAUACUUCCACAGUCACCGAAUGGGAUCUUGAGACAGGAAGGCCAAAGAGACACGCUAGCGGUCAACAUGGUGAUAUCUGGUGCAUGGCUGCUCAACCUACUGGAUCCGACAAAGGUACACUCGGCGCCGAUUCUCAAGAUCCCACCAAGCUUAUCGCUGGUACAAUCGAUGGCGAGCUUGUCAUGUACUCCAUCGAGGACGAUGAUCUGCGAUUCCAGCGAGUUCUCGUGCGAUCGCCUACCAAGAAGGCUCAGAUGGUCAGCAUCACCUUCCAGUCGCGCAGGGUCGCCAUCGUCGGCUGCUCCGAUAGCACAAUUCGAGCGUACGAUAUCACAAAGGGCCACAUGCUGCGUAGGAUGACACUGGGCUCCGAUCUCGUUGGUGGCUCCAAAGACAUCAUUGUCUGGUCUGUCAAAUGUCUGCCAAACGGCAAUAUUGUCUCAGGCGAUUCAACUGGCCAGGUUUGCAUCUGGGAUGGCAAGACAUACACACAAUCGCAGCGCAUUCAGAGCCACAAGCAAGAUGUCUUGAGUCUCGCGAUAAGUGCCGACGGCACAUCCAUCCUUAGCGGAGGCAUGGACCGACGAACAAUCCUGUACAAGCAGAACAAUGGUGCUGGAUCUCGGUGGGCCAAAGCUUGGGGCCGAAGGUACCACGACCACGAUGUCAAGUCUAUGGCAUCUUUUGAGAGUGGUAGAAUCAGUGUUAUUGUCUCAGGAGGGCCUGAUGCUAACCCCGUGGUGGUUCCCCUAAAGGAGAUGGGACGUGAAAACCACCGUAUGAUGCCCAGCUUGCCUCAACAGGCUCCUUUGUUGAGUGCGCCCAAGGCUCGAUUUGUUGUGAGUUGGUGGGACAGGGAGAUUCACAUCUGGCUUCUCCGAAAAUCAGCCAACGACAUGUUCAACAGCGCAGGCGAUGACUUCGACAUCAACCAGAACCGCAAACUUAUCAAGACGAUCGUCGUCAAGGGUGAUUCGAAUAUUACUUCAGCAACUAUCGAUGAUGAGGGUUCACUUCUGAUUGUUGCUACUGCUAUCGACGUCAAGGCUUUCAGAUUAGAACACCAAGAUCCUAUCAAGCCUUCAGACGUCAAGGUCUCUUCUUCUGAGCUCCCUUCAAAGCUUGCAGGUGUGGGUGCCAUUAAGGUUCAGCUCUCACCUAACGCACAAUGGCUCUGCGCGAUUCAGGAAGGCUCUCGCGUUGUCAUGGCCGCACUCGACCCCGUCAGCCCCAGAACAUCUCUCAUCUUCUCACCGCGUGUACAAAGACUCACACGCUUACGACGAGGAAUCCCACACUAUAUUCUCAAUGGAGGUCUUGGCAGUUACGACAGGACCAUUACACAGGUCGCUUUCUCUCCAGACUCCAAGAUGCUCGCUGCGUCUGACGUCGCGGGCUACAUUGACACCUGGAUUCUGAGUGAUGGUGAGAAGACCAAGCCAGAGGAUGACGCGUCCUCUUCAAGUGAGAGUGACUCUUCAGACGAAGAAGAGGAGCAGUCAUCGCAGGGCGUUGAGAAGUGGGUUCGUAACCCCAGUGCUAAACUACUACCCAAACUUCAUUCUGCAGCUACGGUUCUGUCCUUCUCAGCCGAUGUUCCUCGGACCAAGAUCUCUCCCAGAGCUUCGCCUGAUGGAAUAAAUGGCUCAUCCGAUCAUGUGGACGACUACACCCUUCUCGCCAUUACCUCAUCGUGGCACCUGCUUACCUUCCACCCUCUCCAAGGUUCUCUCACCCCCUGGUCUCGACGUCAUGCCCGAAAGGACCUGCCCGCUCCCGUCCAGGAUCUCCUCGAUCUAGCCAAGGGUGUCUUCUGGCAAGGCUCUCGUGCUUGGAUCUACGGUGUCUCUUUUCUCCUUAUGCUCGACUUGGCUCAAGACCUUCCUAAGCCUCUCGAUGGCGAGAUUAGUGAAUCCACUGCCCCAGGCAAGCAGAGCCUCAAGCGCAAGAGAACAGGACCCUCGACCGGAGCAGGAGGCAGAAUGGAGGUAGGCGCCAUCGCACCCUCGCAAAUUCGCAAACAUACAGCUGGUCAGUGGGAUGACAUCGACAUGGAGGAUGCCCCCCGACCCGAGGACGCCAAUAGCGACGAUGAAGCGGAUCAGCCUGAAGGUGAACUCGCCCAGCUACGGAACCGUCGUGAAGUGGGCAAAGAUCUCGAAGCCGCCGAGACUGGCGGUGAACGCAAGAGCUGGUGGAUGACUUUCAAGUACAGACCCAUCUUCGGCGUCGUCCCUCUCAGCACCGCAAGCCAGCCUCUCGAGAUUGCCUUGGUGGAGAGACCAACAUGGGAUGUGGACAUGCCUGAGAGCUACUUCAGCGUUGAGCAGUGGAGGAAGUAA